GUCCAAGCGAGAAUCCGGAAACUACAGGGACCCAGCCGUAAAUUUGCUCCCCCAAGCCCCAGGUCAAAUCCUGCACACGCCGAAGCCCGAGUCCCGUGCCGAACCCCGCAUUUCAAAUUCCUUCGGCUUUCCCUUCUCCCCUUCGGCCGCUCAUCCGGCCAGGCCAGCCUUCAAACACCUCGCCGCCGCCCGCCGCCAGCCGCCGUGCCCGUCCCGGCGUGGACGGGCGAUAGAGGCCGGUACGCCCCGUCCUCCCGGCAUGGACAGCGACGACGAGGAGAUGUGCGACGCCGCCGCCUCCGCCCCGUCCUCGCCCGGCGGCGGGGUGGGAGAGGGGGAGGGGGAGGAGGCGGGGGGCAUGGACGACGGCGGAGACGGGCGCGAGGAGGUGGUGAUCAUGGAUGUCAUGUGGUUCCAGGUGGACCUGGACUACGAGUUCGACGCGCCCAGGUGGUUCGACCUCACCCAGGAGGAGGCGCCGCGGGAUGCCGCUGCGGCGCAGGAGUGGUUCGCCGCCGCCCCCAGCUAUCCACCCUCUCCCUUAAUUACCAAGAUGUUAGCUGAAGACCUUGGACUACAAACCAUUAGAAGCAUUGCAGAUACAAAUGCUUUGCAUUGUUCUACAGCUUCUCAUGAAUGCUCCAGUGGUGUGGAGCAAAAAAUCCAUCGAUUCGAAGGGCGAAAACCAUGCAAUGGUGCAUUGGAAAAUGAACGCAAAUCUCGCUUUCGAACUACCAUGAAGGGCGCUUCAUUGAGAGGCUCCACAUUAAUGAAGCCUACAGCCAGUCAAUUAGCGAGGCAAAAUAGACAAGUGGAAGUAAAGAAUCCAACACAGAGUAAAAAGCUAGUGGGAGUUAGAAGCGAGAGAAGUACCGUAAUCUCAAAUGAUUGCACUUACCAAUCUGCGAAAAGACAGAGAUUAGAGAAUGGGCAUCUCAACAAGGCUGCUGCUACUGCUACCCAGCAUGAGUUUAUUCAUAAAAAUCAUGAAAAGAAUCUUAUGAACCAAAACUUGGAUCGGCCCACUGGUCUGCCCAGAUCGAAGAUUACAAUUCCUAGAUCACCUAAUUUGGCAACAAAGCUAAGAGCGGAGAGGUCAAAGGCUCUAAGAUCAGUGCAAACUAAUCCGAAGCAGUUAAAUCAACGGGUUGCACCAUAUGCUCCUACAGUCCAAGUGGCAUCAACUAGAAAGCAGGUAGUUCAACCUCUUCGGGCUACUGGUCAUCAUCAUGCAAGCAAACAAGAUGAGGAUGUUGGGUCAAAUGUGCCAGCAUGUACAUCCAAUCACGCGAGGCAUCUUAAGAGCAGUGUAGAUAACAAACCCGAAGAUUGCAGAGAUGAUCUGUUUAAAUUUAAGGCCCGGCCUUUGGAUAGAAAGAUGUUAGCGAGCAAAGGUGACGGUGUAUUUCAAUGUGCAAAAAGGAAUACAACUGUGCCUAAGGAAUUUAACCUAUCAAUAGGCAAGAAAGUCAAUCCAGCUCCAUUGUCUGAACUAUUUAACAAGCUUUCUUUAACUGCGGGAGCACACCAAAACCAAAAUCGUGGAGUAGGGCGUCAGAUCAGUCGUCUGCCAAAUUAUAUCACUACCAAGGACUGCAAAGAAAACAUGAUCGGUAACAUGCAUCACUAGUCUGACCCAGUCAAUGGAGGAGUAGAAUACACAGGAUUUCUCUUUUGAUAGUUAGUGGCUGGUUCAGACUCAACAUCUCUCCACCGGCACAAAGGCCGAGCGUUUGUUUUGGUGUUUUGGACAGUUGACUUAGAAAGAAAAGCUCACAUCCUCUUCGUUUUGAUUUACAAGAUGAAGGCCAUACAUUAUCUGACAUUAGUUAAGGCACCAUGGUUGAGGUGCGUCGUCCGGCGUCAUCGGGUGUGGAGCACCGUUUCUCGUCUCUCAGCUACCCGGAGCCAAAUGAGCCAUGGCUGUGAUGGGAUGGUUUUUGUACAGCAAGAGAUAAACCAUAGCCCAUAGUGUCACUGUGGGGGGCGUCUCACCCGGUGUAUCUGCAGUCCUGCGGCGUUCCGCAGCGACUCCAAAGUGUAACAUAAUGCAAUCGCCUUGGCAAGUUCGUGCGCUCUUGUUCGUCUC